AUGGAGUUUGCAUUCAUCUCUCAUUUGCCUGAGGAGGCUCCUGUGGCAGCUUCUGAGGCUCCUGAGGUGGCUCCUGAGGCGGCUCCUGAGGCAGCUCCUGCGGUUCCUAAGGUGGCUUCUGAGGCGGCUCCUGCAGCUCCUGAGGUGGCUUUGGAGGUGGCUCCUGAGGAAGCUCCUGCAGCUUCUGAGGCAGCUCCUAAAGCUCCAGAGGCAGCUUCUGAGCCUUCUAAAGCUCCUGAGGUGGCUCCUGUGGUGGUUUCUGAGGCUCCUGAGGCAGCUUUUGAGGCCCCUGAAGUGGCUCCAGCACAGACUUGGGACCAGACGCUGGAUGGCAGCUGCAGCACCACGGCUGGAGGUAAGGCAGGAAAGGACAGUGGGAAGGCCAGAGUGAAGGCCAUGUCAUGCUCACAGAGAGCUGGGCUGCAGUUUCCUGUGGGCCAGGUCCACAGACACUUGAAGACUUGUACUACCAGCCAUGGGCGAGUGGCUGCCACCGCUGCCAUCUACAGUGCCUCCAUCCUUGAGUACCACACCGACGAGGUGCUGGAGCUGGCGGGCAAUGCUUCCAAGGAUCUCAAGGUCAAGCAGAUCACUCCCCAUCACUUGCAGCUGGUGAUCUGUGGCAAUGAGGAGAUGGAUUCCCUGAUCAAGGCCACCAUCGCUGGUGGAGAGAAAAAGAAGU